AUGUGUCGCAUGGUUGCGUACUUUGGGCCGGCAAUUUUAGCAGCGGACGUUGUGACGAGGCCGUCGCGCUCGAUCAUUCGCCAAUCGUACGAUGCACGGGAGCGUCUUUGUUCCGCAGGCGAGUAUGUGCCUGCCUCGCUAAACGGAGACGGCUAUGGUAUUGGUUGGUAUAGCGACGACGGCGUACCUUGCGUCUACAAGUCCAUCAGACCCGCUUGGAACGACGCAAACCUGCACCACCUUGCGGAAAAAGGUAUCCGUUCGCACUUGCUGUUCGCGCACGUUCGCGCUGCCACGGCGGGAACUUCCGUUACCGAGGAAUCCUGCCAUCCCUUCGCCUAUGGACGCUAUUUAUUCCAGCACAAUGGAACUAUUGCAGGCUGGCAUGACGGUCGAGUGCGUCGUGCGCUUCUCAAUCAGCUGAAUGAUGAACUGUACGGUUACGCUGUUCGAAACGGUGCAAGCGAUAGCAUCGUGGCCUUCGCGCUCUUCCUGAACCAGAUGGAUCGCGGCACAUCUGAGCGCUAUAGCGCUGCAGAGCUGCAGGAAAUGCUGCUUCACACCAUUGCACUGAUUGUAGAGACCACGACGACGUGCCUGUUGGGGACAAACUCUCCGUGUUCGGAUAGAACGCCCGCAAAUCGGAAAAGCAUGCCACGUGAUGACGUGUUUCUUUUGAAUUUCCUGGUAACGGACGGUGAGACGCUACUGGCAACCAAGUAUGUACGUGGACUCCGGGACCUGGAUGCUCCGGCAGCUAGUCUGUAUUUCGGAGCAGCGUCGUCGUACGGGCCAGUCACGCAUCACGUUGGAACCGGUGCCGAAGACUAUGCCUUCUCGUAUCGAGCAGCAACCUGGGCGGGGGUCGUUGUUGUAGCCAGUGAGCCGCUGACGUCGAACCCGUGCGACUGGGUCCCGCUCCCUCGCAACUCGAUACUGGUGGCUACCGCAGAUCGACAUUUGCUUGUGGAAAAGAUGCCCGAUCUACUGAUGGGCCGCGAAUCACCGCGAGCGGGUUCGCGUUUGUCGCCCAAGUUGCUGCCCCAGUCUAGUGCGCUUGUGCAAGCGUUGCACGCUUUCGCAGGAUCCACAGCGACGCGUUCCAUUGCUGAUCGCGGGGAUCCGUUGCCGCCUAUGAGGAGCGCAACUGCUGCGGCUCACGUCAGCUGGAGCCGACAACAGCAACACCAGGAGCAAGAGCGGCGCAAGAAACCUCUCUUACGGAGCAGUCAACAGGAACUAAGUAGCGCUGGAAGUGGCGCAAUAUCCACCGAUUUGAUUGAAAUCGAUGAAUCAGAUCGCUUGUUCACGAUCCGUAGCAGCCGAGUGCUUUGCAUGACGACAGUGCCUGUGCAGGAGGAUGCACUGCCACAAAUAGCGCAGGAGCUGGAAACGAUGCCAUUAUCUGCAGCGACGGCAACGAGUAAUCGGUCUGGAUGCACCGGGUCGCAACGUCAAGCCCUGCUCGUAUGCGGUACUGGUGAUGGUCAUAUGUAUGCACUGCACCAGAUAUCGGGUCUGCUGGCGUCGGAUAGUUUCGUCUCUGCGGAUGGACGUGAUAUUCUGGGGAUCGCUCGCUGGCAAUGCAACAACCUCGCUGCGUACUUUGAGCAGAAGGGCAUGCAACCGUCGGCAACGUUCACGGUCUGUGCGGCAGCAGAUAACACCGUUCGCAUGCAUCGUUGGACUGUGGACGGUAUAGAGGAGAUUGCGAACUUUUUCUGCGGUACUGCAACGGGACACCCACUCUGUCUGGUCACCGAUCAAAGUGCCGUGUAUCUUGGGUUUCAAGACUGUUCGGUUCGUCGCCUCGAUAUGCAGGGACUCCUCGGCACGGUGAAAGUGGAACCAGAGGCUCGUCCGGAGGGAGCGGCUCACGUGCCUGUACUAUCCGAACAGGCGCUUUUUCGCCGUCUGGGUCAGCGCGGAGAGCAUAGCGACUUGGCACGCGCAAGUCAGCACUGUGGACCUGUUUACUGUUUGGCGCUUCACUCGAAAACUCGCCGACUCUUUUCUGGUUCCGGUGAUGGAACCAUUGCGGUCUGGAAUACUGAAAGUGAAGAGCACGAAGCAACCCUGCGUGGCCAUUGCGGCGCGGUACUUGCACUGAAACUCGACGAAAAUGUGGAUAUCCUCUUCUCUGGGGCCAGGGAUCGACGGAUUCGUGUUUGGGAUGUCGCUCGGAGUGCGAAUUAUGUCUGCCGACGAAUUCUUCUCAGUUGGGACUAUCACUGCGAUGAUAUCUGUGCCCUAGAACUGUCCGAGUCAUUCCUGUUUUCUGCAUCCACCGACGGCGUCGUGGUGCUGUGGAGUCGCCCGGACCUCGCGGCGUUGGCACUGUUGCGUCUGCCGUCCGGAACGCUGUUGACGUCGCUGUGCGUCACACCGGACGCCUCAGCGAUGCGUCCUGCAGCUACUUCGGAUGCUAUGAGCACGUCCGGUAUGCUGUUUGCGGCGACCAGCGACGGCAGUGUCUACGGUUGGCAUCUAGGCGCUUCGGGGUCAUUGUACGGACGCAUUUACGGGACGGAUGCCGCUGACCUGGAAGGUACAUCGCGGGUGCCUACGAAAACGCUGCCCACAACAGCGGCAUCAUCUUGCGCUGGCUCUCUCGAAGCCGCAACACCGAAUUCCAUGCUGUUUUCGCUCAGCUCGCCACGUAUUCGACUUGGAGAUCCCGAAUGGUCGAGUGUUGCGGCAUUUGAGAGAGCCCUACGGACAGCGAUUCGUUUUCGAUCCAUCGCUGUGGAUACGAAGCAGUCCAACUUCCGUGAAGAGUCUUUUCAUUGUGCGCGCUGGUUCUCGCGUCUUCUGGAGAACCUCGGAGCCGACCUGCGCAUCGCACAACCAGUGGAUGGAAAGAAUCCCGUCAUACUCGCUCGUUUUGUCGAUAUCAUUGGAUGCAAGGGGCACGCGUGUCGCCCCGGGCCUCCCGCUUUCCCGUCGUCGCUGGCUCGAGCGCGUGUCCAGCAUCGCCAUACCGUAGACGCAGCGCAUGACGGUGAGCGUGAACAUCAGGCACAGCAAGUGCGACGGCAGCAUUUCCGUCAAACCGUUGUAUUCUACGGGCACUACGAUGUCGUUCCCGCCCACCGGGAAGACGGCUGGUCUCACGAUCCCUUUGAUCUGCAGGUUUCGAAUGGCUACUUUUAUGGCAGGGGAUGCACAGACAACAAGGGCCCGAUCCUUGCGAUGAUCUUCGCGAUUGUUGAUUUGCUCCAGGAGCAGCAACAGUGGCGGCAUCAGCAGCGAAACAUUCCAGCUGAUCACGAGUUGGCGCCUCGCACAGCAGCAAACACGCUGACGAGUUCGACGAGGACUGUUCCGCCGCCUGCGGAGAGCGUGCAUGCGGCAGUCUCGGCAGGUGCCUGCGACAACAUCCAUGGAGCAUGUGACGAUUUCGAACGCUCAACGAACGUGGUCCUCUUACUCGACGGUGAAGGCGAGGCCUCUAGUGCCGGCUUCCGUGAGACCAUCGCUCUGUUUAGAGACUGGAUCGUGGGCAAGGAUCUCGAUCAGCGGCAAGCGGGCCAGCAGCUCGUUCCGAAUGGCGACCCGCGUCCCGCACCGAACGAGCCUGUUCCCCAGGUGGUUUGCGUCCUGCACGCGAACAGUCUCUGGGUUGAUGAUGUGCGUCCCUGUAUCACGUACGGAAUGCGGGGCCAGAUCCUGCUCUCUGUGGAAAUAACCGGUCCUUCGGGGAACUUGCAUUCCGGCUUCGAUGGUGGUGCUGUUCUGGAGCCAGCCGCUGACCUGUUGGCGAUUCUGGCUACACUGAGCGAUGCCGGAGGCACCGCGCGUGUACCCGGCUUCUACGAUGAUGUGCGAGAGCUCACGCCCAGCGAGCGCUCCUGGUUGUCCGCAGUCCAUUUCGAUCGGCAAGCUUACCUCCAGCACUUGGGUGUUUCCCGUCUCGCAGCGGAUAACGACUUGGAUUUGCUGCAGAAACGCUGGUGUCAGCCGUGUCUCUCGAUCACAGAGCUGUCAACGAGCGCGAACGCAGUUGCAAAUGGAGCUGCUUCGGCUGCGAGAAGCAGCACUGGUCGACUGGGUGCGAUCUCUGCGCUCAUACCGCAGCGCGCGCAGGCAACGGUGGCGAUUCGGACGGUCCCGAAUCAGAGCCCGGAAAAGCUCCGAGCUGCAGUGGAGCAGCAUCUGCACUUCGAGUUUGCGAAAAGACGCUCUCCGAACCAGCUGCGGAUCACAUGCACCAAACAGGGUGACUGGUGGCUCGGCGAUAUUCACGGGGAACGGUACCCGUCGUCGUCGUCGUCGUCGUCGAGGCAAGUCGAACAGCGUACCGGCUGUGAACAGCGCGCGCGACAGCGAGUCUUCGCCGUCUCUGAACGUGCCAUCGAGCGCGUCUGGGGCGUGCAGCCGCUCUAUGUUCGAGAGGGCGGCAGCAUGCCGCUAACAGCGUGGCUAGAGCAGACACUAGAGGCGCCUGCGAUCCACUUGCCUCUGGGGCAGUCCAGUGAUGCACCGCACCUGCCGAACGAGCGCAUCCGGGUGUUGAACUUGUUCCACGGUCGCAUGAUUCUCGGUGAUAUUGUUCGUUCGCUGGCGGUGCAAUGA